CAACGCAUGCUUUAUAUUCUGCAGCACAGCAAGGACUCGCUGAGCUCCCUGUUUUAGUGAACAGGUCAAGGGCUUCAGCGCCGAAUUUGCGGCCCGCCUACAAGCUCGACACAAAUGAGAGUGUUAUAAGAUGAAAUUGGGCCGGGCCUCGCAGGAGGCAGGCUGCUCAGCGGUGGCGGCAGAGUCCGCAACAUCGCGGAAUGCCUUUGACCAGCGGCCAGCAGCGCGAGCUCGGCACCGCGUGGUGGCGUCAGCAUGUGCUCCAGAAACCGCUGGCCGACUGGACGGGCGGCGAGGCAUUAUGUCGUCGGCGUGGCUGCCGCCGAUGCCACCCCGUGGCGGAACGACUCUGGCGGCGGAACGCGCGUCCGCGGCCACAAGCCUGGCGCGCACCCCCCUGUGCCGCCUCAACAGCCCCGCCAGCGGGGGCUGGUGCCCGGCAGCUUCCCACCAGCUUCCGCUGCCCGCGUCAGCGCCCGCCGCGGCCGCUGCUGCUGCGGGAAACGGCCAUGGCACAGCGCCCCUAGGCGACCACGUCACCAGCCCCAGCGGCAACGCCCUCGCCACCACCAGCGCCGCCAGGGCUGCGCACAGGUCAGCCACAGCCACAGCCGCUGCCGCCGCCGCCGCCGCCGCCGCCGCCACCGCCGCCGCCGCCGCCGCCGCCACCGCCGCCGCCGCCGCUGCCGCCGCCGGGGUGGUGGUGGUCCGUGAGCUUGAACAGCCCAUCGAGCUGCUACCCGCCGCCACCGCCACCCUUGCCAGCGGACGCCGUCGCGCCGCUCCUGCCGCGGCUCUCGCCGCCGCUGUCACAGGCGCCGCUGCCGAACCCGCUGCUGACACGUCGCCGGGCUCAGAACCGUUAUCCACGUCAGCAACAGCACUGACGGGCCGUUCGGGCGCCGUGCAGUUCACGGUGUCCUACGUGGUGUUCGCCAGCCCGGGCUCGGGCUCGGGCUGGGGCUCGGGCGCCGCGCCACAACUGGUUCUGGAGGGCCGCGACGGCGGCGGCGGGACGCACCGCUGCGCCCUCACGCCGCCGCCGCUCGCAACGCAACCGCCGCCGCCACUCGCAACGCCGCCGCCGCCGCCGCCGCCGCUCGAGCGGAAGUCCGAUCCCGGGGGCAGUGGCGGUGGGGAUGGCGGCAGUGGGGACGGCGGCGGUGGAGGCGCCGUGGGCGCGCAGGGGGACAGGCAGCAGCCGCAGCCGCUGCCCGGGGCGGCCCCGCCCGCCGUCGACACCGACGCCGGCGCCGGGAAUGGUUGGCGGCAGGGUUUCGCGGCUGCUGCAGUUGCGGUGGCGGCGGUAGGAGCGGCACCCGGCCCCCCUACCGGUGCUGGGCCUUUGAAGCCCAGGCCGCGCCGCCGGAGCGCCUCAGCGACAGUGACAGCGACGGUAUCGCCGGCAGCACCGCCUGCGCAGCCUGCGCCGUCUUCACAGCCGCCUCAGUCGCCAGCGGCACUGCCGCCGCUGCCGGUGUUUCCCCUGCCUCUGCGCUCACCGCGGGCUGGCGCCGCCUCCGCCUCCGCCUCCGCCUCGGAGGGAGGAGACAGCCCUGGGCUGCAGGCGCAGUCUUCGAAGGCGCCGCUGCAGCUGCGGCGGCCGUCUGCGCCGCCCGCUGCUCGCCUGCUGGCGUGCUUCACGCCCACCACACUCGUGCGCCGGAGCGGCGGCCUCCGCUACGCCCCACACGGCGCCCGCCAGCAGCCCGCGCUGCCGCCGCCGCCGCUACAGCCACUACAGCCGCUACAGCCGCUACUGACCCCGCAGCAGGGUCAGCGGCAGCGGUUGCCGCGCUGGGCGCAGCUCCUGCAGGGGAUCGGGCAUCAGCAACCGCCACAACCGCCACCACCACCACAACCACCACUACCACCACAACCGCCACCACCACCGCCAGCAACCGGUCAACCCAACCGCUCCACGCCUGCCCCAACCCAGCCACCACCAAAUUCAAACCCAAACCCGGAUCCAGCACAGGCACCGCAUCGGAGGAGCGGGCCUGGCAGCAGCCGCGGUUCGGCGCCUACGGCCUCCGCAUCGCGCCCAGCCCCAGCCGCUGCCCCGGCCCCGGCCUCGGGCGCUGGACCCUGGGGGCGCCGAACCACAGCCAAGGCGGGGUCCCCGGUGACGAGGCCGCCAAGCGCCGCGCUGCCCCGUCUGCCCCGACCGGUGCCUGGACAAGACCUGGGCCUCACGAGGGGGCUACACAGCCUGCGGGGAGGUGACGGCGGCGGAGGUGGCGGCGGCGGCGUUGGUGGUGGUGGUGACGACGACCUCAUGUCGCGCUUCCGGCCCACCCUGGCGGUGAGCCGCGGCGCGCGCGUGGACGGCGGGGGGCCGGUUGGGUUUGGUCCCGGUGUCGAUGGUGACAGGUCGGAGGCAGGGGCGGCGGGGGCACGACCAGCGGCGGCGGCGUCCGGCGCAGCGGCGCUGGCGGCGGCGCUGGCCGCCGCGGCGUCGGCAGGGCAGCGGGGCCCGGCGGCGGCGGCGGCUGAUGCGAGGGCGGGUGGCGGCGGCCGGGCUGGCGCAGGGGCUGGGGGCACGUGGCGACAGCAGCGCCCCGCCGGCAGGCCUUUGACUGCGGCGGCGUUGGAUUCGGCACCGGCGUCAGCGCUGAGGGCGGCGGCGGUGGUCCGGGACAUGGAGGCACACUGGAGCGACGGCGAAUAUGACAUGGGUGCGGCGGCGGCGGGUGGUGGUGGUGGUGAUGCUGCUGCUGCUGCUGCUGCAGGCAGUGGCGGUGGCGGGCAGGAGUCGCGGCAGCGCGCCUCUCCGCUGCUGCUGCUCGGGUUCCUACGCGCGGCGGCGCCCGACCCGCUGGGGCUGCUGCCGGGGGCGCACCGCGCGCCGCCGCUGCCGCCGCCCACCACUACCACCACCACCACCACCACCACGUCUGCACCGGCGCCAGCCGCCGCCGCCGCCGCCGCUGCAGCGGCCGCUGCGGCGCCGGCCCCGGCCCGGCCUGUGGCAGGCCCAGCCCAGGGCAGCAGGACCGGGCGGCCGGGUCGGGCACAGCCCUGGCCCACCGCACCACCAACUGCACCUGCUGAAGCAUCCGCUGAAGCAUCCGCUGAAGCAUCCGCGGAAGCAUCCGCUGAAGCAUGCGCUGAAGCAUCCGUGGAAGCAUCCGCUGAAGCAUGCGCUGAAGCAUCCGUGGAAGCAUCCGCAGCUGCUGCUACUGCAUUAGAUGCAUCGGAGCCCGCGCCACGCACGCUGGAGCAGCGGCUGUGGGCCGCCUCCAGCCUUGAACAAGUUUGGGCCCUGCUUGCACAGCAGCAGCAGCAGCCGUUGGCGGCCACAGGAGAGGCCACAGCAGCCGACGGCUCUCCUGCCGCUGCUGCGGCGGCAUCCGGAGCCUCCAAUGCGGCGUCCGCGACGGCGGCGGCAGCGGCUGCGGCGUCCGCGACGGCUGUGGCUGCGGCAUGUGACGCCUCAGCGGCAGCGGCGGCGGCAGCAGUGGCGGCUGCGGGGGCAGCAGCGGCAGCAGCAGCGGCGGCUGCAGCGUCCGCGACGGCUGUGGGGGACGAGCUGCGGGAGCUGCUUGCGGGCUGCGGGGCGGUGGUGGCGCUGCUGCAGCGGGGGCAGCACGACGCCGCCGGAGGAGGAGGGGUGGAGGCGGGGAGGGCCGGGCGCUGGGCGGAGGGCAGCAGCAGUAGCAGUAGCGGUAGCGGCAGUAGCAGUAGCGGUAGCAGGAGCGGCAGUAGCGGUAGCAGCAGUAGCAGUAGCGGGGGAGGUGCCAGGCUGCCCUGGCGGGUGUCGGCGCGAGGUGUGGCGGUGCAUCAGCACCCCAGCGCUAUGGACGUCCGGGCGCAGCAGCAGCAGCAGCAGCAGCAGCAGCCGCAGGGGCAGGAGAAGCAAGGUCCCCGGCAGGGGCCACAUCAGGCACUGGGUCCAGGGCCGCGGCGGGGCGGUCCCAGCGCCGGCGCGGUGCAAGUGGCGGGCGGGGAGGCGCAGGAGGAGGAGGAGGAGGAGGAGGAGGAGGAGGAGGAGCAGCAGGAGGAGCGGCAGUGGGCACGAGGCCGGCGGGCGCGGGAGGAGGAGGCGCUGGGGCGGCGGCUGGUGGGCCGGCUGGCACGUCGUGUGCUGGCAGCCGUGGCGGCGGCAGUGGCGGCUCGCGCCGCGCGCAGUAGUCUCAGUCGUAGUCUCAGCAGUAGCAGGAGCAGGAGCAGUGGCAGUGGCAGUAGCAGAGUUAGCCACGGCGCAUCCGCCCAGCCAGCAAGCCAUGGUGCAGGCCCGGCCGCCGACCGACGUGGGGCUGCCGUGCCGGCGUCAGACCCGUGGGCCUGUGGGACCCUGGGCCGCUUGCCGCUGCUGGCGCCGGCCGAGGCGGAGGCGGUGCUGGCGGCGGUGUGGGUGUUUAGCCAUCUGGCAGACCAGCACGACACCCUGGAGCUGGGGGCGGGGGAGCCGGGGGUGGGGAAGCCGGGUGAGAUGGAGGGGCUGGGGGUGGAGGGGCUGGGGGUAGGUGCGAGGCAGCUGCACGUCACCACGGCCGCUGCCCGUGCCGCCACGGCAGCGGCGGCGGCGGCGGCGAGGGCGCCGGUGCCGGGCUCAGUAGCAGACAAGGCAGGCGGCGACGGUGCGGCGGCAGUAGCUGCAGCACAGGCGGCGGCAGAGGCGGCGGCAGUAGCAGCAGAGGCGGCGGCAGUAGCUGUUGCCAAGCAGGCGCCUUUCCGUGACGUCAUGUGCGAGCUGUGGCGCCUGCUGCUGCUGCAGGCGACCGCGCCAGCGCGCAGCCCCGACCCGUUGUCAAGCGGUGGCCUGACAGCUCGGGCCGGCGCCGGCGGGGCACACCGCGAGCCCCACCGCUGGGAGGGAGGCGCCGCUGGCGGAGGCGGUGGGGAGGCGGUGCCGCGGCAGUGGCUGCUGUGGGCGCUGUGGGCGGCGCGGCGGGCGGUGCCGGACGCCGUGCCACCGCUGCUGGCGGUGCUGGCGUCAGAGCCCGUAUCGCCGCCGCCGCCGCAGCAGCAGCUGCGGGGGCGGGAGCGGGAGUGGGAGCGGGGGCGGGGGCGGGGGCGGGUGCAGGAGGAGGGGGUUGUGGGGAGCUGGCGGCCAGCCGGCGGCGGGCUGGCGGCCGGGAGCGGCGGCGCUGGUGAUGAUGAUUCAUCGGUGGCGGGGCUGGCACGGCUGCCGGCGUGGCAGCUGGCGUCUGUGCUGUGGGCGUGUGGCAGGCACGCUGAAUGGAGCGCGGCGCGCGCGGCAGAGGCUGGGUUUUCCUCUAAUGCUCCUGACCGUGCCUCCGAUGAUGAUGAGGAGGAGGAGGACGAUGACGACACCUACGGCGUAGCAGCUGUGGGCCGUUCGGGGGGCCAGCAGCGGCAGCAGCAACUGCAGCAGCAGCAACAGCAGCAGCAGCAGGAGGCUUCCGAGCUGCUGGUGUUGCGUGUGGCCGCGGAGGCAGCACGACUCAUCGCCGCCGGCUUGGAGCCAGCAGCCCAGCCGCCGCCGCCGCCAGGCACCAACCAUCCGCAUCAAACCCAACACCACCACCACAAGCACCCGCACCAGCUGCUGCUGGCGACGCCGGACGUGCUCGUGGCGCUGCGUGCCGGCCUGGCAGUAGCACAGCAGGCCACGGCAGUAGCACAGGCCGCGGCGCCCCUCGGCUCCCCUACCAUGCAUCCGCAACAUCAACAGCAGCAGCUGCAGUCGGCCUACAGCACGGCUCGGCUGGCGGUGCAGCUGACCAACAGCAGUAGCCGCAGCAGCGGUAGCAGCAGUAGCAGCAGCAAUAGCAGCAGCAGUAGCAGCAGCAGUAGCAGUAGCUGCCGGCGGCGCCUGCUGGGCUCGCUGCUGGAGUGUGUGGAGGGACUGGCCGCACACCCCCGCGCCGGCCUCAACGACAUAACCGCCGCCCUCCACGUGCUGGCAGAGCUGCGGCUGCUGCUGCCGUACGUGGCGCCGGCGGCGGCGGUGGCGGCUGACGCUGGCGGCGGCGCCGGUGGCGGCGGUGAGGCAGGCCCGGCAGGCCCGGCGUCGGAACCGGUCGCAAGGACCGCAGGCGGUGGCACGGGUUCACUGAGGCUGGAGGAGCAGCAGCAGCAGCACGAGCAGCAGGAGUUGGAGCAGCAGCCCAAUGAGCAGGAACUGGAGGCGGGCUGGCAGCGCGCGCUGCGGGCGGCGGAGCGGGCGGUGCUGCGGCUGGUGGCGGGGCUGGAGGCGGACGCGGCGGCGGCGCUGUUGGCGGUGCCGGGGCUGGCAAGCCAGGGCGUGGCGCCAGCGCGGGGCUGGUACCGCCGUGUGCUACAGCGGCGGCGGCCGCGGAGCAAGGGGCGGGCAGCUACAGCCGGUGCUACAGCCGGUGCUACGGCCGGCGUGCGGCGGUGGCAGCAGCACCCGCUACCAUUCCGGCUGCGGCUGCUGUACGGGUUGCACCGUGCCGAGGAGGACGGAGCAGUGCUACUGCCGCCGCCGCCGCCGUCCUCGUCGUCGUCUGCAGCAGGCAUGGGGGCGGAGGCGGCGGCGGCUGUAGCAGCAGCAGAGGGGACCGGUGCGGGCUUCACGCCACUGGAACUUCCAGGCGACUACGCCGGCAGUAGCAGCGGUGCUGGCAGUAGCAGCGGCAGCACUGGCGCUGCUGGCGGCUGGCGGCCCCACAGUCUGGAGCUACAGCUCUUGGAGCAGCAGCGCCUCCUGGGCGGUGGCAGUAGCAGCGGUGCCGGCAGUAGCAGCGGCGCCAGCAGUAGCAGCGGCGCUCCUGUACGGCAGCACGGCACCACGUGCCUGCUGGCGCUGCUGGGCGUGCUGGGCGCCGUCACGGCCGCAUCCAAGCGCGCCGUCGCGGCCUCGACGACCGCCGCCGCCGCCGCUGCCACCAGCUCUACCAGCUCUACCCGCUCCACCACCCACCCAGCCUCCCAGCCCCAGCCCCACCUCCGUCACCGGCACCCCGCAACAGACCCGGUGCAGACGCUGCCGCGGCCGCUGGCGCCGCGCCCCGCCACCGUCCGCGCCGCCCUCAACUCUCUGGCGCUGCGCUGGCUGCGCCGCGGCGCGCCCUCCGCCGAGGUGGCGGCGCUGGUGGGGCUGCUGUACGGCCUGCGCUGGCGGCCGCGCUCCGCCGUGGCAGUGCUGGUGAGCGCCUGGCGGCCGUGGGUGCUGCUGGCGCCACACGAGCUGGGCGAUGGUGCGCUGGCGGGCAUGGCCCAGGCGCUGGCGGUGCUCACCAGCCACCAGCGCGCGGUGCGGGCGAGGGCGAGGGCGCGGGUCCGGGUCCGGGCGGGGGCAGCCGGCCGGCAGGGGUACCGGGAGCAGGGGAGCGGGAAGGGGAGCGGGAAGGGCAGUGGCGGGUUGUGGGCUGCCAACGUGCCGUGGCCCAAGCUGAGGGCCUUCUGGGCUGCGCUGCUGCGACUGGCAAUGGUGCGGAUGGCCGCCGCCGCCGCCGUGGGCCGGCCGCCCGUGGCUCUGUCCUCGUUCCCGUCCGCUCCCGCGUCCGCGUCCACGACCUCCACUGCAAGAUCCGCCGCUUCCGGUGCCGCCGCCACAGCCGCCGCUGCUACUAGAGCGGGGGUAGCGGCAGGGGCGGGCGCGGUGGCUGGAGCGGCGGCGUUGGCGGGGGUGGCGAGGGAGGCUGUGCCGCCUCUCAGCGCCGCGUGUCUGGUGCGGCUGAUGUGGAGCAGUGCCCGGCAGGGCGCGCGCCGCCGGGCCUUCAUGUCCGCCGCCUGCGCCGCCCUGACACCGCUGCUGCUGGCGGCGGCGGCGGGGCAGGCGGCUCCGCAGGCGGCGCCGCCGGGGCUGCUGCACCCUGGCACCCGUCAGCAGCGGCACGGCGCAUUACCUGGACAAUGGGAGACGAACGGCGUGGGGCGUGGUGGCACCGGUGGAGGCGGCGGUGGAGGUGCGGGCGGCGGAGCUGGGGGCGGCGGGGGCGGUGCGGUGGGCGGUUGGCGGCUGGGGCCGCGGGAGGUGGGCUGGGUGGCCUGGUCGGUGGGCCACCCGCGUUAUGAUGACCCCGGGGUGGCGGCGGCGCUGGCGGCGCUACUGCGGCGCUGGCUGGCGGCGGGCAGGGCGCAGGAGCAGCAGCUGCAGCAGGCGCAGGAGCAGCGGCAGCGGCUGCAGCAGCAGUAUUCCCAGCAGCAGUACUCGCAGCAGCACCAGCAGCAGCAGGGACAGCAGCAGCAGCAGGCGGGCCGCCGGCCGGCGGCGCAGCAGGCCGCCGCCUCUGUUGGCGGUACGGCCGUGAACUGGACCGCCGCCGCACGUGUGGCCUGGGCACUGCUGCGCCUGGGCCGCCUGCCCUCCGCCGCCGCCUCCCCCGAACUGUGGGAGCUCCUGCUGGCGCAGCUGCUGCCGGCGCUGCAGCGGGCAGAGGCGGCGGCGCAGGCGGAGCGGCGGCGGGCCUGGCAGCGGCGGGCGGCGGCGCAGGCGCGGGGUGCGGGGCUGGAAGGAGGGGAGGAGGGUGAGGAGGAGGAGCGGGGGGUGACGGCGCCGCUGGUGAGCCCGCGCGCGCUUGUGGCGCUGCUGUGGGAGGUGCAUGAGCAGCAGCGGCAGGAGCAGCGGCAGCAGCAGGCGCAGCAGGCGCAGGGUUGGGGCCAGGGACACAAGCAGCCUCAGCCUCAGCAGCAGCAGCAGCAGGUCAGGGCGCUGCACCAGACACCGUCAUCGCGCUCCUCCAGCGGGCAGCAGCAGCCUAACGCGGAGCAGCUACAGCUACAGCCGCCGCCGCCGCCGCCUCAGCCGCGGCUGCUACAGCCGCGAGGCGGCGCCGCGCCCGCCACUCCGGCGUGGGCCGCUUCCGCCGCCGCCGCCCCUGCCCCCUCCUCACUUCCCGCAACACUGCGCCCCUCUUCACCACCGCCACCACCAGCUCCCCGCCCAGCCUCGUCCACUCCUCCGCCCACCCCUGCUCCGCCCACCACUCCUCCGCCCACCCCUGCGCCGCCGCCGCCGCCGCCGCUGUUGGCGUACGAGUUCCUGGCGCGCGGCGGGUCGGACUGGCUGGCUCGCCACACGGCCCACCUGCCGCCGGCCGCGCUGCUGCAGCUGCUGCAGAUCAUCGCUGACGGCGCCGCCAAUGGCAGUAGCAGCAGCAGCACUGCCAGCGGCAGUAGCAGCAGCAGCACCAGCACCAGCACCAGCGGCGCCGGCAGUAGCAGCAGCACCAGCGGGCCAGCAGCGGUCCGGCGCUGCGGUCGCUUCCUGUCGGCGUUUGGGAGGCUGGUGGAGCAGCGGCCGCGCUGGCUGCUGCGGCGGCCGGAGCAGGCGGCGGCGGUGCUGGCGGCUUACCGGGUGUUGGGGCUGUGGCCGGUGGGUCAGGUGGAGGAGCUGGCGGCGCGCCUGAGGCAGCUGCAGGCGCGGGAGGAGGAGGGCGAGGAGGGGGAGGGGGAUUACAUUCAUGAAUCAUGAUUAGCUAAGAAAAUGGAGGAGGGGGGAGGAGGGGGAGGGGGGCACGGCAUGGACCUACGGUGAUGGGAGACAUGGAGGCGCUAUGGUACGGUAGUUGAGUCAAUGAGGGCUGGCGGUGAUUUGCGUGCAUGUGUGUGCAAGGUUGCAGUGGUGAGGGCGCAGUCGUGACUCUCUUGACGCGGUGUGUUGGUGCAAGGUCACGCCCGGGUGAACGAGGUGAGCUUGAGGUGCUGGUGGUGGGUGGGUGGGGGGCAGGGGGGGGGCACGGGCAUGGCCCCGCGCCCUUGCAUGGGGCUGUCCGUGCGGUGUGUGCACGCACGGACGUUGCACUCGCGCACGUGUGGCUGUUGUGUGAUUCUUAUGCCUGGGCCCCGCGGUGUUUUGGCGAGUGUGAUGUGAGAUUGUGUUGUUUGUGGGCCUCUAGUUCUCGUGUACAGACGCUUGGUCAUUAUGUAUUUCCCCGGCGCACAGCCGCCUGUUCUCGGUAAAUGGGUUUACCCAAGUACCGUACCGGUACUUACAUGCGGGACUCGCCGUUCGGGCCCGCAGCCAAGUAACGAAGGGACAGAU